AUGGGCAACUCCUCCAGGAAGGAAGCGGGAGGCGAAGAAGGAGAGGAGGGGGGAAUGGAUGGCGAGGAGGCAGAAAUCACAGAGAAGAAGAAAGAAGAGGAGGUGGAGAUGGAGGAAGAGCUUCCACUGGGGGUGGAGGAGAUGUUGGAGAGUGGGGAUCCCGUGCUAGAUUUGAGCUACCGUAAAUUUAAGCGUCUGCCUUCACGUGUUUGUGGACUGCUGCAUCUGGAGAAGCUGUAUGUUUGUGGAAACAGCCUGCGCACUCUGCCGGACAGCAUCACCCAGCUGCAGGGACUGCGGAUACUCGCCCUGGACUUCAACAAGAUGGAAGACGUCCCUGCGGCCGUCUGCCAGCUCACCAACCUAACCCGCCUCUAUCUGGGGAGCAACCGGCUGAUGACCCUCCCGCCUGAGCUGAGGAACCUGCAGAGUCUGCGCUGCCUGUGGAUGGAGAGCAACUACUUCCAGAGGUUUCCACGGGAGCUCUACGACCUGCCCCACCUCAAGUCCCUUCAGAUUGGAGACAACCGGCUGAAGACGCUACCCUCUGACCUCUGGCGUAUGGAGGCUUUGAGGGGAUUAUGGCUCUACGGGAACCGCUUUGAAACCUUCCCCAAAGUCCUGCUGCGCAUGGAGAACUUAGAGAUACUAGACCUGGACCGCAACAAGAUAUCAGAGUUUCCCAGCCUGAAGCGUCUCCCGGCCCUGCGCCUGUUCUCCUACGACCACAACCCAGUGGACGCCCCUCCGAGGGUGUGCGAGGAGGUGCUCGUGGUUGGGGAAGGCGCCGCCGAGUUCUUGGAUGAGCGCGAGGCCAGGAAAGAGAGACGUCGAAAGGCGGCGGAGAAGGAGGCCGAAGAGCUGGCUCUGGCAGGAGAGGAGCCGGUGAUUCACGGCAUCCUGAAGAACAGCAGCUCCAACUCCAAGCAAGCAGCCAGCGAAACUACGGUGACUUUAGGGGACGCGGACGUCAAAGAGGAAGAGGCGAAAGAGGGGGAGGGGGACACAGAGCCGGCAGUCAUCGAGUAUGACGGAGCUGAGCUUGAAUAUGACGAGGAGGGGGUUGAAUAUGAGACAGAGGAACUGAUAUGCGAGGGAGAGGGAUUUGAGUAUGAGGGAGAGGAGCUGGAGUACGAGAGGGCUCAGAUGGACUAUGAGUAUGAGGAGGUGGAGGACUCGGGGAGAUGA